AAACCCUUAACCAUUACCGUUCAGCUGCUUUUUUUCUGCGUUUUGCAAAUUGCACCCACUGAUCUACCUCGACUCGUCCUUUCUCUCUCCGAGUUGACUCGCGAGUUAUAUAUAUCGAGAGAAAGGCGAUAGUACGAUAGAGCUUACGGUUAACAAUGGAUGACGAAGCCGUUCGUGGCGAUUCUCGACUCAACACCUGCGUCGUCCUCAACGGCCGAGGCUUCGUUGGCCGAUCGCUCGUCUCCAGAUUGCUCCGGCUCGGAAACUGGACGGUCCGAGUCGCUGAUUCCGCUCAGACUCUCAAUCUUGACGAGUCCGAUUCGGUCCUCGUCGACGCUCUCUCCUCCGGCCGCGCGUCGUAUCACUGCGUCGAUGUUCGUGAUAAACUUCAGAUCGUUAAAGUUACUGAAGGCUCGUACGUUGUGUUCUACAUGGGAGCUGAUGAUUUGCGUUCACAUGAUUACUUUUAUUGCUACAAGGUUUUGGUUCAAGGUACGAGGAAUGUGAUAUCCGCUUGUUGCGAGUCUGGAGUUAGAAAACUUAUCUACAACAGUACUGCUGACGUUGUGUUUGACGGUUCACAACCUAUUCGUGAUGGUGAUGAAUCCUUGAGACGUCCUUUGAAGUUCCCAUCCAUGUUGACAGACUUCAAAGCUCAAGCGGAAGCGUUGAUCAAGUUUGCUAAUAACCGUGAUGGUUUGUUAACUUGUGCACUUCGCUCUAGCAUUGUGUUUGGACCUGGUGAUACUGAGUUUGUUCCUUUCCUCGUGAAUCUAGCCAGAUCUGGAUAUGCAAAGUUUAAAAUCGGGAACGGUGAAAAUUUGUCUGAUUUCACUUACUCUGACAACGUUGCUCAUGCACAUAUUUGUGCCGUGGAUGCACUAGAUUCACAUAUGGAAUCUGUAGCUGGAAAGGAAUUCUUUAUCACUAACCUCAAGCCUGUCAAGUUCUGGGACUUUGUAAGCCACAUCGUUGAAGGUUUGGGAUACCCAAGACCAUCCACUAAACUUCCUGUUCCGCUGGCUUCGUUUGUUUUGUCACUGCUUAAAUGGACACAAGAAAAGGAGGGCACUGGAGGUUAUUAUGACACAGCUCAUCAGUUUGCUCUCUUAGCUUCCACAACGAGAACUUUUAACUGCAAUGCUGCUAAGAAGCAUCUUGGUUACACACCUGUUGUGACACUUGAAGAUGGCAUUGCAUCGACGGUUCAGUGGUUCUCUCGCGAUCUUGAGAAAUCUGAUGAUACGGCCAUUCAAUCUAAAGCAGAUCAGCUUCUUGGUUGUGGAAAAGUUGCAGACAUCUUGCUGUGGAGAAAUGAGAAGAAUACAUUUGUUUCUUUUGUUGUCCUCAACUUGUUAUAUUACUGGUUCUUCUCUUCUGGAAGCACAUUUACUUCGUCUGCAGCCCAACUUCUCUUUGUACUUGCUGUUGCUCUCUAUGGACUCUCUUUUGUGCCGUCAAAGAUCUUUGGGUUUCUUCAAGUCAAGAAAAUACCUCCGUGGAGAUUCGAGAUAUCGGAGUCUGCAGUGAGAGAUCUUAGCAGGAAUGUCGUAGCUGCAUGGAACCACGGAGUUCACAGUUUAAAUUCAUUAAGCAGAGGAGGAGACUGGAUCAAGUUCUUCAAGAUUGCUGGAUCACUAUAUAUCCUCAAACUGAUCGUAUCCCGUUCCUUGGCAACAUUUCUAUUCACAGCGAUGUCAUUCUCGUUCACUGCUUUCUUCAUCUAUGAGCAAUACGAGCUUGAGCUCUAUCACAUAGCCCGGAUCUUCGUGGAAUGCUUAACAGUUGUUAAAGAAGGGGUGCUGAAGAAUCUGCCUCUACCUGAUGCCUCAUCUAAACCAAUGUUCAUGUGAAAGCUUCCAAGUCCAGGCGACAAUCUCAGAGACUAACAUCAGUUUUUAAAUGUCUAUAUACUGGCAAAUAUGCUAUUAAAAAGUUCUUAUUUUACGAAUUUGCCAUGAUUACUAUAAAACGCAUCGUUUCGACCUACUUCGCAGAAUCCAAAAAGAAAAUAAUUAUAUAUUUUUUUAAUUUGUUUAUUUAUCCUUUAAAGAGCCGCCGCAAGGAUUGGAUCGCUCUUUAUCUCUCUAUCUUCAAUCUCGACCUAGGGUUCUCCUCUCGUCUUCUCUUUAGGUACGAUUUGAAGACGCAUCGCUCUCUCUCUCUCUCUGAUUGUUCUCUAGCUCAACGAACUAUCGAUUCAUCGCUCAAUUCCAUCUCUCGGAUAUUCGAAUCCUGAGCCUUAGCAUCUCCGAUUCAACCAAUCCCACACCUCUGUGCGAUGGCGGCAGCGAUGAAGCCCUUCAGAGGACGCGAAUCCGACGAUUCCGGAUUCACAUCGAACAAUCUCUGGGUCGGUAGCAUCACGAUGGAUACGACGGAGUCAGAUCUGACGGAGCUGUUCGGAAGGUUCGGCGACAUCGACAGAAUCACGGCGUAUUCGUCCCGCGGAUUCGCGUUUAUCUACUACCGACACGUGGAGGAAGCUGUGGCGGCGAAGGAGGCUCUACAGGGGACGAAUCUGAACGGGGGACUGUUGAAGAUCCAAUACGCGCGACCGGUUUGUUCUAAUCUCCUUGAUUCGUUAGGAUUAUCAUCAAAUAAUAUUCGUUUGUUUGUUGACUUUGAUUGUCUCGUAUCGAUGAUUACACUGUUCUCGCGAAUUCAUACUCUAGGUUUGUUUAUUAACUUCGAUUGUUUCUUAUCAAUGAUUACACUCUGCGAA